GAUGAAGGACAUGCCACUCCAAAUUCAUGUGCUACUCGGCCUAGCUAUCACUACACUAGUACAAGCUAUAGAUAAAAAAGUGGAUUGCCCACAAUUAUGCACUUGUGAAAUCAGGCCUUGGUUUACACCUAGAUCCAUUUAUAUGGAAGCAUCUACAGUGGAUUGUAAUGAUUUAGGUCUUUUAAAUUUCCCAACCAGAUUGCCUGCUGACACACAGAUUCUGCUCCUACAGACUAACAAUAUUGCAAAAAUUGAAUACUCCUUAGACUUUCCAGUAAACCUUACUGGCCUGGACUUAUCUCAAAACAAUUUAUCUUCAGUCACCAACAUUAAUGUGAAAAAGAUGCCCCAGCUUCUUUCUGUGUACCUGGAGGAAAACAAACUUACUGAGCUGCCUGAAAAAUGUCUGUCUGGACUGAGCAACUUACAAGAACUCUAUAUUAAUCACAACUUGCUUUCUACAAUAUCUCCAGGAGCUUUUAUUGGCCUACAUAAUCUUCUUCGACUUCAUCUCAAUUCAAAUAGAUUGCAGAUGAUCAACAGUAAGUGGUUUGACGCUCUUCCCAAUCUGGAGAUUCUGAUGAUUGGGGAAAAUCCAAUCAUCAGAAUCAAAGACAUGAACUUUAAGCCACUUAUCAAUCUUCGCAGCUUGGUUAUAGCUGGUAUAAACCUCACAGAAAUACCAGAUAAUGCCUUGGUUGGACUUGAAAACUUAGAAAGCAUCUCUUUUUAUGACAACAGGCUUAUUAAAGUGCCCCAUGUUGCUCUUCAGAAAGUUGUAAACCUCAAAUUUUUGGAUCUAAAUAAAAACCCCAUUAAUAGAAUACGAAGGGGUGAUUUUAGCAAUAUGCUACACUUAAAAGAGUUGGGGAUAAAUAAUAUGCCUGAGCUGAUUGCCAUCGACAGUCUUGCUGUGGAUAACUUGCCAGAUUUAAGAAAAAUAGAAGCUACUAACAAUCCCAGGUUGUCUUACAUUCACCCUAAUGCAUUUUUCAGACUACCCAAGCUGGAAUCACUCAUGCUUAACAGUAACGCCCUUAGUGCCCUGUACCAUGGUACAAUUGAGUCUCUGCCAAACCUCAAGGAAAUCAGCAUACACAGCAAUCCCAUCAGGUGUGAUUGUGUCAUCCGUUGGAUUAAUAUGAACAAAACCAACAUUCGAUUUAUGGAGCCAGAUUCACUGUUUUGCGUGGACCCUCCUGAAUUCCAAGGCCAGAAUGUUCGGCAGGUGCAUUUCAGGGAAAUGAUGGAAAUUUGUCUCCCUCUUAUAGCUCCUGAGAGUUUUCCUUCUAAUCUGGAUUUAGAAGCUGGGAGCUAUGUUUCCUUACACUGUAGAGCUACUGCAGAGCCACAGCCUGAAAUAUACUGGAUAACACCUUCUGGUCAAAAACUCUUGCCUAAUACUCUGACAGACAAGUUCUAUGUCCACUCUGAAGGCACACUAGAUAUAAGUGGCAUAACCCCAACAGAAGGGGGUUUAUAUACUUGUAUAGCAACUAACCUGGUUGGUGCUGACUUGAAGUCUGUUAUGAUCAAAGUGGAUGGUUAUUUUCCCCAGGAUAACAAUGGAUCCUUGAAUAUUAAAAUAAAAGAUGUUCAGGCCAAUUCAGUCCUGGUAUCUUGGAAAGCAAGUUCUAAAAUUCUCAAAUCCAGUGUUAAGUGGACAGCCUUUGUCAAGACUGAAAAUUCCCAGGCUGCCCAAAGUGCUCGAAUACCAUCUGAUGUCAAGGUAUAUAAUCUCACUCAUCUGAACCCAUCAACUGAGUAUAAAAUUUGUAUUGAUAUCCCCACCAUCUAUCAAAGAAACAGAAAACAGUGUGUAAAUGUCACCACAAAAGAUUUGGACCCUGAUCGAAAAGAAUAUGAAAAGAGUAACACCACAACACUUAUGGCCUGCCUUGGAGGCUUUCUGGGGAUUAUUGGUGUGAUAUGCCUUUUCAGCUGCCUCUCUCGAGAAAUGAACUGUGAUGGUGGACAUAGCUAUGUGAGGAAUUACUUACAGAAACCAACCUUUGCAUUCAGUGAGCUUUAUCCUCCUCUGAUCAAUCUCUGGGAAGCAGGCAAAGAAAAAAGUACAGCACUGGAAGUAAAAGCAACUGUUAUAGGUGUGCCAACAAAUAUGUCCUAAAAACAAACAACUAAACCUACUUCAAAGAAAAGCUCAAAACUGUGGUUGCGCUUUAAAAAAA